AUGGCAGACCAGAUCACGGAAGCCUCUCUGAAGGCUGUCUUGACCGAACGCCUCCAGGCAACCCACGUCGAGGUCACAGACAUGUCUGGCGGCUGCGGCCAAGCCUUCACCUCCACGAUCGUCUCCCCAGUUUUCGAGAAGCAGACCUCGCUCAAGCGCCACCGCCUUGUCAACGCCGCCCUCAAAGACGAGAUCGCGCAGAUCCACGCCUGGAGCGCAAAGUGCCAGACCCCCGCCGAGUGGGAACGCGACAGGGCCGCCGCCGGCGGCGUCAAUGAGGGCCCCCCGAUGGACGGGACCGUUGGUGGAAAGGUCGAGGGCGUUUCUCAGUAG